UGGCCAGGAUUUAAAGGACAUCAACUCCCCUACUCGGCCAUCAACCAUGGCUUCCACUCUCCCCAACCUCCACCCUCCUUCCCUCAGGUCCGCAUUCCUUGGCGGCAGCGCCGCCCGCCUCCGCAAGCCGUCUGCCACAUUUCCGAAGCACGGCCGGUCGACGAUCCACUCGAGACCGUGCGCUGCUAAGUUUGACCUCUCUGAGAUACUCGGCGGGCGAGGCCUCUGCAAUGGCGAGAAGGGCAUUGAGCAAGAGCUCAAGCGAACCGUUGGAGAACCGUCCCCGUCGUCUGAUGUUGAGAAGCCCGCGGGAAUUGAAGAGCCGUCUCCGUCUUCGGACGGUGGAAAGCUCGCCGGAGAUGCGGUAUCUGCGGCGGAGAGCGUCUCUGAAGAUGCAUUCGAGAAGGAACUCAUGGGGUUGACUGGAGGAUUCCCCGGCGGUGAGAAGGGACUGCAGUCUUUCAUUGAGAAGAAUCCACCACCGCCGAAGAAAUCGGCCGAGAAGAUGAGUUCAGCGGCAGUGCCAAGCUUGAAGAAGCCGAAGGCACCGGAGCUGCCGCUUCUGAUGCCCGGAAUGAUUGCGCUCGUGAAGAACCCAAACAACCCGUACUACAUGUACUGCGGGAUCGUGCAGAGGAUCACCGAUGGAAAAGCUGGGGUGUUGUUUGAAGGAGGGAAUUGGGAUCGGUUGAUAACUUUCAAUUUGGACGAGCUGGAGAGGAGAGAGAAAGGACCUCCCAUGAACAGUCCUAGGUCUGUGAUGUUGGAGAAUCUCAUUCAGAACAAACCUUGAAUUCAUGUUCUUUAGCAUCUCUGCUUGAGUAUGUAUGCAUAUUACUGAGAAUAUGAUUUAGUACUUAAAAGGUUCAAACUUGGAAA